UUUCAUUUGACUGUGUCAUCCGUUUUGGUAACACGGUUACUAAUUCUAUUGUUUAAUAUUGUGAAUUAACACUCAUAUCCCUGCUGCAGAAACAUUAUUCUCUGUUUCAAUUCCAUGGCUUCGAUUAUAAGAAUGAAUUUUAACAUGAAAAUUUCAGGAGCUCUUUUAUUGUUCUUCUUACUCAAGUUUACGGAAUGCGGACCAGUAAGGAACCAUAAUGUUCAAGCAGUAGAUUUGGACUAUUUUUGUAUGAGGCAAAUAUCCACUCCUGAAAAUGAGAAACUGGCUCCAAUUAUUUUGCUGCAUGGUUUAGGAUCAACGAAAGAAGGUUGGGAUGGAGCGUAUCAACUUCUUGCCGUGCAUACAAAGAGAAAGGUAUGUGUUCCAGACUUGAGAAAUCAUGGAAGUAGUCCUUACAGCAAAGAAGCAGAUGUAGAAGCUAUGGCGGCUGAUAUUGUUCGAAUGAUAGGUUCCUUAAAUACUGACAAAGCUAUCUUACUUGGGCAUAGCUUAGGAGGAAAAGUUGCAGUUCAUGUCGCCUUAAAUCAUCCUGACAAAGUAGAGAAAUUGAUUGUGGAGGAUAUGAGGCCAAAUGGUAUUACUCCGGUGGUACUGAAGCAAAUAAAAGGCUUUAUGCAACUUGUACGAGCGGGUGUCGCUUCAAUUCCCGAAGGGCUAACUGAACAUGAAGCUAAAGUACACUUUGUGAAGUUCAUACUGGAAAAAACGAAGCAGAUGAAUGUCAGUACUGAUCUGACUGUUAAUGAGGCAGACAGAAUUCCUAUCCGCUGCACUGAUGGAAAAUGCAGUUUCCGAGUAAAUGUUGAGUUGUUCCAGAAGGUGAUCAAAGAUCCAGAAUCAUUCCUUACUCACAGUGAAGGUGUAUACAAAGGACCAGCUCUCUUCAUUUACGGAACUAAAUCUCCAUUUAAAGUAGGUGAAGAUGAAGCCAACAUUCACAAGUUAUUCCCGAAAGCAAAACUUGUUCCAGUUGAAGGAGCUGGCCACAUUAUUCACUUGAAACACGAUAAAUUUUGGGAUGAAACAAUCAAAUUUAUCAUAUCAGAUAGUUGAUUAUUGUCUGAAAAAUAUUUGUAUUUGAAAUCAAUUUCAAUCUGUUUGCUUUGUAAGAGAAAACGAAUUAAAUAGAAAAUUAUUCAUGACUAUCGUUUUUAGUACGAAAUG